AUUUGGCAGAUCCAGCAAAAUGCCUCCUUUAUUCUCUAGCCUUACCUCAUUCUUGCUCCCACAGUUUAGUUCAAUAAGUUGUAAGUGCCUGAAAUCAUUCUUGGUGAAUAAUGCCAUCAGACCACUCUGAAAAUUUGUGGCUGAGAGGGGGACCCUCGUCAUCAGCACGCACUUUGUCACUGAGACAGGGUAACCCAUGGUUACUGAGCUCAGAUCAGUUAAGGGGCAGAGAGCCCCCCCCCCUCCUCACUGCUCUAUAAAAGAGACCCAGCAAAGGGACCCUACCAGCUUCUAGCUCUCAGCCUGGGCGAAGGUGUGGGAAGCAAAGCCUGAGACCUUCAGAGCCAAGCAGACCAGCUGCAGAAGCCAGGCCAGCAUGUCUCCUUCUUUCAAACUUCAAUAUCACUUCGUUCUGAUCUUCCUGAUGGCUCUAAGAGGGGAGAACCGGUACCUAGAGCUGCGGGAAGCGACGGACCACGACCCUUUCCUGCUCUUCGGCGCCAACCUGAAGCGGGAGCUGGCGGGGGAGCCUCUGUACCGCCGCGCUCUGCGGUGCCUGGACAUGCUGAGCCUCCCGGGCCAGUUCACCUUCACCGCCGACCGGCCGCAGCUGCACUGCGCCGCCUUCCUCAUCGCCGAGCCCGAGGAGUUCAUCACCAUUCACUAUGACCUGGUCUCCAUCGACUGUCAGGGCGGCGACUUCCUGAAGGUAUUUGAUGGUUGGAUUCUCAAGGGGGAGAAGUUCCCCAGUUCCCAGGAUCAUCCUCUCCCCACAACUGAGCGGUACAUAGAUUUCUGUGACAGUGGUCUAAGCAGAAGGAGCAUCAGAUCUUCCCAGAAUGUGGCCAUGAUCUUCUUCCGGGUUCAUGAACCAGGAAAUGGAUUCACCUUCAGCAUAAAGACAGAUCCCAACCUCUUUCCCUGCAAUGCGAUCUCCCAGACCCCUAGUGGAAGGUUUACCCUGGUCGUCCCACAUUCGCGUCGAAACUGCAGCUUCUCCAUAAUUUAUCCCGUGGUCAUCAAAAUAUCAGAUCUCACCCUGGGACACUUACAUGGUCUGCAGUUCAAGAACCCCUCAGCAGGUUGUGGGGGAAUAGGAGAUUUUGUGGAGCUGCUGGGAGGACCUGGACUGGACCCCUCCAAGAUGAUGCCUUUGGCUGACCUCUGCUAUUCGUUUCAUGGCCCUGCCCAAAUGAAAAUCGGCUGUGACAACACGGUGGUGCGCAUGGUGUCCAGUGGAAAGCACAUAAAUCGUGUGACUUUUGAGUACCGCCAGCUGGAACCAUAUGAACUGGAAAACCCAAGUGGGAACAGUAUCCAAGAAAUCUGUUUGUCUAGUCUUUGAAUAACCAACCCCAGUGAUUUACAUGCUGCUAAUUAAGUGAGUUCUUAAUGGCUAUUGUAUAUGAUUUUGAUGACUAGCUAGUUAAAAGCCUUUCAUACCAGUCAGUAUUUCCAGGCUUGAGCACACAUUAGACACAUACACACCACACACACACACACAC